AUGACAGCAACAAACAACAACAGCAACUUUAUCAUUUCUGAUGAAAAUAUCAUUGAUUCAUUAGCUGAGGAAUUAGUUGUGGCAGAAACUAAAACCCUCAACGAAAGAAUUGGUGAAAACAAGAUUGAUUUACAUAACUAUCUCAAACAUGAUGGAGGAAGAGGAAGGAAAACUGGUAUGGCUUUAUUAGUAAAUAAAAUUUCAAAUUUAACGAUUAUAGAUGUUGAUAUCAAUAAAUCAUACAAUGAUGAACUUAAAGAAACAGUUAGAAAAGAUAUUUUAUCAAAACUUUCGGAUAAAGAUGUUAUCGUUAAAACCGCUUCAGGAGGUCUUCACAUUUAUUGCAACACUAAUUUCUUCUAUUCAGUUUCGAACAGAAUGAUUAAAUGCUAUUCCUGCAAUGAUUAUGAUAUUGACAUAAUGACUUCUAUGGAUGAUUCAAAGCGUUCUUUAGUAGUUAUGGCUGAUUCAAGAGUUCGCAAGAAUGCAACAGAACCAAUCAAUACAUACUCAUUCAUUCGUGGAAGUUACGAUUCAACAUUAACCAGAACAGUGAAUGAUAUAUUAAAUGAUUUGAAUAUUAAGGUAAGAGUUGAACAGAAGAACGAAGAAAUAAAGACUAUCAUGAAUGAAAACAAAGAUGUAAACAUUGACGAUAAACUUGCCCAGAGCAUAGUUGAUGGCAUCAGUGAUUUUGAAGUACAUAAUGACGGUGGAAACAUGAAUUUAGAAAAAGAAGUUACAUUA